CACGCGCUGAUCGUGGGCGUCAAGAAGGGGGGCACCCGCGCGGUGCUGGAGUUCAUCCGCGGUCACCCGGCGGUGCGCGCCCUGGGCACCGAGUCGCACUUCUUCGACAGACACUACGACCGGGGCCUGGAGUGGUACAGGCGCCUGAUGCCGCGGACGCUAGAGAGCCAGAUCACCAUGGAGAAGACCCCCAGCUACUUUGUCACCCGGGAGGCCCCCCGGCGGAUCUUCAGCAUGUCCCGGGAGACCAAGCUCAUUGUGGUGGUGAGGAACCCGGUCACGCGGGCCAUCUCGGACUACACCCAGACGCUCCUGAAGAAGCCCGACAUCCCCACCUUUGAGGAGCUCUCCUUCCUCAACCGCAGUCUGGGCUUGGUGGACACCUCCUGGAGCGCCAUCCGGAUCGGCAUGUACGCGCUGCACCUGGAGAGCUGGCUCCAGUACUUCCCCCUCUCCCAGAUCCACUUUGUCAGCGGGGAGCGGCUGAUCACGGACCCUGCCGGGGAGAUGGGCAAGAUCCAGGACUUCCUGGGCGUCCAGCGGGUGAUCUCCGAGAAGCACUUCUACUUCAACAAGACCAAAGGCUUCCCCUGCCUGAAGAGGACAGAGGCAGGCAGCCGGCCCCGCUGCCUGGGGAAGUCCAAGGGGAGGACCCACGUCCAGAUCGACCCGGACAUGAUCGAGCAGCUGCAAGACUUCUAUCGCCCCCACAACGUCCGGUUCUACGAAACCGUGGGGCAGGACUUCCGGUGGGACUGAGGGGCUCCUGUGAGGGCCCAGGGCGUGGCCCAGAAGGCCGGCCCGGCAGAACUUGCUUGUCUGAUCAUCCCCCCCUUGUUUGGGGGGCAGGAAGGGACCUCCUAGGAGGCUCCCGUGGCCUUCCUUUGGUCCCCCUUGGGUGGCUGGGGAGGAAGAUCACCCCACAAGACCACAGGGUGCAGGGGCCACCCAGGCACCAUGCCGCCCACUCCCCGUUCCCCUGCCUCGGCGUGAUGAGUGGGCAGCUUGGCGUGCCUCUUCUCAGUGGUGCAAUCAGGGUAGGUGAUGCCCAAGGAUGGAUUUUAUUUUUUAAUAAGGAUGACAUAGCAUUCUAUAUAUAUAUAAAUAAAUAUAUAUAUAAAUAUAGCCUAUCAAUUUCACUGCCUAGUCACCAAGUGUCCCCUGGUUCACCCAGCCCCACCCGGGCCCCAGCUAGAGGGCCCUCUGAGCAAAGGGGUCUCCCUCCUGCCACCUCCUGUCAUUGCAGUGGGAGGAGUCGUCCCUUCCCUCCCCCCACCCCGCUCAGAGGUGCCCGCCUGGCAUCCAAGGGCUGGGCCCUGGGCUUCCUGUUCUUGCUCCAACCUUCAGGGUGAGGCCAGGGAGCCCCCUGAGGUGGCGAGUCUGCUUCUAAUAAGGCUUCCAAAGGGACCCCUUUCGGUCCUGGGAAUAAAGCACAGAUUUCUGCAUUUACGGGUACUUUGGCACACAUGUAUGUGUUCUGUUCUUGUCCAGGAGUGAGGCACUGGCCUCACCCCACCCUUGUAUCCCCCAC